UCCAGCUCGCCACGUGACGUCAGCAGAGUAAAGAUGGCGGACGGUGGGAUGGAGGCUAACGUUAGCUUCGGGCGCUGCUGAAGUUCGGGACUUUCGCACUUUACUUCAGGUAUUUGAACUUUGCGGUGAACGUCGACAGUUGAAUCACGAACACGCGGGAGAACAAAGCGUCACUUCGGCCGCAGUUUCCUGUGGAGUUUGUCCCGCGAAGGCCUCGCUCAUCCGGGCAUUAGCCCGCAGUGUUAGCACGUUAGCACCGGAGCUUUUUGUUUUUGUCCGGGCGGAGCCACAGACCUGUUAGCUCCUUUUAUCUGACUCGUUUCUUUAAGUAAUACUUAUUCAUCUGUUUUACACCGGAAGGAGCGUCAGUUCACCACCAGAAGGUUUGACCCCCCCCUGCUCCGGGUCCGUGUAUGAACUUUACUUCCGGGGAAACAUGGAUCCAAACCGCAGACCUCCAGCAACCAGCGGCAGCGGCAGCAGCGGCGACUCCAGCCCCGCGUCCCCGUCCAGCAGCGGCGCGCCGGCCGGCGACAAAGCCGCGACGCCCGGGGGCAACGUGUUCGCCAACGACGGCAGCUUCAUGGAGAUGUUCAAGAAGAAGAUGGAGGCGGAGGAGAGGAGGAAAAAGGAGCAGCAGGAGCAGCGAGCAGGAGGAGGAGGAGACGCCAGAGCCUCAGAACAUGGACAGACACCCGUGGACAAGAAGCCCCCUCCAGUGACGAGCUUUGUGGGGAAGCGCAGAGGCGGCGUGUUCCUAAAGACCGGCAUGGUUGCGAAGAAGCAGAAAGACGAGUCAGAGGUUGUGCCAGGAAAGAGUGACGCCUGGUCAUCGUACAUGGCCGAGGUGAAAAAGUACAAAGCCCACCAGUGCGGCGACGACGAUAAAACCAGGCCUCUGGUCAAGUAGGCUCCACGAAGGUGAACGUGAAGCUGCUGAGAGGGGAGGGGAGGGGGGGGACACAUCGCCUGGGAGAAGCCGUGGUGGGGGGGCGGACACUCCCGCCCCUUCGUAUUGACAGUUCAAGUGACCCUUCUCAUCACAAACUGCUCAUACUGACAAACCUCUCCCCCCCCUUUUUUGUAUCGUUUUUUUUUUUGUGUUGCUUAUUUGUUCGAUGUCGGUGAUUUGAUCUGGUGUCAAACGGUGCUUUUGAAAACUUGACUUUCAUGGUUAUUGUUCAACCCUUUUUCCAAUUUCUCACUUCUGGUUCAUGUUCGGUUUCGUUAGUGAUUUUGAUUUUACGCCAACUCGAUUAAAUUCACAUUGCCUCUU